CUGGUUUAUAUAGCCUUCACAUUGAGAGAGAGAGCGAAACCUAAUUUUGGAAUUGGAUUUUGGUGGCCCUUUGUCAAAUUUUCUUUGGGUAAUAAUCCUUUUGUGCUUAUUUCACUCCACCACACUGGUUUCUUGGGUUUUUGUGAGGCUGUCCUGUAGUGGGGGAGCCAUGGCGGUUGAAAUUGAUGGAUUUGAGAUGGUUCAAGGGCCAGUGGAGAAUGGUGCUGAAGGAGACAAAUAUGUUUCGCUUGAAAUUGGGAAAUUGGAACAAUCUCAGGGAGCUGGAGAGGCCAUAAAAUUUGGGUCACAUGGAGAUGAAUCUUCUAAAGCAGAAGGAAAUGGUGUUUCAGAUUCCAAUGUCCCCACAAAUGUUGUUGAAGAGUGGCCGGCGCCUAAGCAGAUACAUUCUUUUUAUUUUGCCAUGUUCCGGCCCUAUGAUGAUCCCAACAUUAAAUCUAAAGUUGAUAAGCUUUAUAAAGAGAUAAACCAGAAAAGUAAAGAGCAGAUUCAGGUCACCGAAUUGUAAAGAGCAGAUUCAGGUCAACUCCACAAGGAUUCAUUAUAGAGAGUAUCAUUGGAUUUGAAAAGUCUCUGAACGUUUGGUAGUGUGGAUCGUCCUAGGUCAUCGAAUACUAUGUCCGCCUGAACGUUUACUUUGACUGUACAACUCUAUCCGCCUGAAAAUGGGGAGAACAGUGUACUCUUGGGUAUAACUCGAAUACAUGAGUAUAGAUGGACAUGCCGAAAGGACUCACAAUCCCCUAUAAGGGAUUAGUCGUUCACAAAGACCGGUAGGGCUGAGAUGACUUCUAGUUGACUCGGGAAUCUAUGUAUAGUAAGAGAUCAUGAAGAGUCAUGAUCUGUCUUAGAGUCAAUAGAAGAAGAUUCCCAGUUCCUGUGAAAUAUUAUAUUUAGUCAAUAAAGAGAGAUGAUACUCUAUCCUUGCUCUCGACUAAAUGUGAAUGACGAUGUGAGGGAUAAUGCUGGCACGAUAUCCAAAUCAGAAAGGUAGAUCACUUGAUCAACUCAAUUAGUUCUGGGGCUACAGAGCAUUGCUAGUGUAUCAUGUUGUCAUUAAAUGAA